AUGGUUACAGUGGACGAAGUCGACAUGGAGUGGGAGCGCGCCAUAGAGAUUGCCUUGGCAUGCAGGGAGGUUCUCCUCACAGCCGAUAUUCUAGAUGUCCAAGUCGAACUUGUACAAGCUACGGUCACUAAGCUUGCCGAAACUCGCAAGCUGAUUGAGGGCAAGGCGGACCAAAAGCACUGGUUCCGUGAAGACGACACGUACAAUAUGGCAGCACAGAUCAACGAAGCGAUGCUCCCAGUUCAUUCCUCUCUUGGCUACCGUAUUUGCCGGGCACCCCACGGCCCGGACGGAACGAUGGGGCUGCAUCUCCAAUUUGAUGGCGACAAGUCAGAGACCUACGGGUCAGUCAGCCGUCACGUCGCUAUUGCUGGUAAAGAGAGGGAAGUAAUGGACUAUAAAGAGCAAGAUGGAGACCUACAUCAUUUACAGCUUGCAGUUCCUCUCUCAGCCCCUUGA